GCCAACUUUGCUGUUGUUCUCUUCCGCUCACAGGCGUAGUUCCCAAGAUCACAUUUAUUAAUAAAAUACAGCGAGACUCAAAAGGCUUAAAAUCGCCAUUCUAGUCUGAUGAGUAAAUCGUAUUUGUAAUAUUUUUCUGGUUUCUGGGACUUCAGUGACAAAGUCCAAGCUUAUUGUUGGGCGUUUGAAAUUGGACACCGCUAGGAUUGAGGUCCCUAUUUCAUGCGGAGGGAUACGGUUUUGGGGUUGACAAUGUGGAUGGAGGUUGUUAAGAUGUCUACUCGAAGGAUGAAACGGUCUCAAUUGUAGCAACAAAAAAAGGAGACGCGAGAGUUGUAGAGUUUGGAUGUGAAAAGGGAACCUAAAUUUAAUGACGUGGAUUGCUGUACUAACCAAGGUAAAAUCAGAAGAAAGGAAGAUAUCGUGGCUCCGAAACCCAGUGCUUUUGAAGAGGCGCUGUGGUGUGAAAUUCUCUUGAAGUUUUAUGUUAUUUUUUUCCAACGGGGUUUCGUCUAGCUAGCUAGCUAUCUUCACUGCUGGAUGCUAGACAUUUGAGAAGAAAAAGGGCUGUUUGUGGCUGUGACUGAGUGGCAUGACCGAGCAGCAGGAGAGGAUGGCCGCAGUGGGAACAGACAAGGAACUCAACGACCUCCUGGAUUUCAGUGCGAUGUUCGCGCCGCCCGUGGCCAAUGGGAAGAACAGACCAACGACGCUGGCCAGCAGCCAGUUUGGAGGGCCAGGUUUGGAGGAGCGUAGCGGGACCGGAUCGUGGGGCCCCGGAGAGCAGAACAGCUCCUCCUCCUUCAAUCAGGCACGGGGCUACGGGGAGGGCUCCCACUACAGCGAGCACCAGGAGCUGGCCUCUUCCCCCUUCCUCACCUCAGGGAUUGUCGGUAAAAAUGAAAGGGUACCUUACUCCUCCUUUGGGACUCAGCCGGGUUUCCUGCCCAGCGACAUGGCGAUGCCCAGCCCCGACGCCAUGUCCCCCUCCGGCCUCAAGUCCGGCUCGCAGUUCUACUCCUCGUAUCCCGGCAACCCCCGCCGGCGGCCCUCGGAGGGGAACGUGGAAACCCAGCCAAAAAAGAUCCGGAAAGUUCCUCCUGGCCUGCCCUCCUCUGUCUACGCCUCCGCCUCCAGCGAGGAGUACUCCCGGGACGGCGCCGGGUACCCCGCCCCCAAGCCCGGCACCGUGUACCCCGGCUCCUUCUACAUGCAGGAAGCCCUGCACCCCUCCCCAGACCCCUGGGGCCCCUCGGGGGCCCUGGGACAGCCGGGCUACUCGGCCAUGCUGGGGAACUCCGCCCACAUCAGCCAGCCCGGCCCCUUCACUGCCAUCAACCCCCAGGACAGGAUGAAACGCCAACCCCUUCCUCUGUCCCCCCAGAACUACCCCCUCCACGGCAGCGAGGUCAACGGCAGCCUGCCCGCCGGCUUCCACUCCGGCUCGGGGGGGUACGGCGUGUCCGGCCACACGCCGCCCGUCAACGGCACGGACGCCAUCAUGGCAAACCGAGGCUCCACGGCGGGGAGCUCAGGAGACGAGAUCGGAAAGGCGUUAGCGUCGAUCUACCCAUCGGACCACAACAGCAACAACUUCCCCUCCACCCCCUCCACUCCAGUGGGGUCCCCUCAGGGCAUCGCAGCAGCUGCAUCCCAGUGGCCCAGGUCAUCCGGUCCUGCCGGCCUUUCCCCCAGCUACGAGGGGGGGCUCCACGCACUGCAGAACAAGAUGGAGGACCGUCUGGAGGAGGCCAUCCACGUGCUGCGCAGCCACGCGGUUGGCUCGGACUCGGACAUGCACAGCCUGCUGAGCGCGGCGUCCUCCGUGCACGGCCUGGGGGGGCUGGCACAGGCCUUCACCAACGCCGGCCUCGCCCUGAGCAACCGCCACCCCGCCAUGAUGGGCAGUCACCACGAGGACUCCGCGGGUCUCCCCGCCAACAGCGCGCUGGCGCACGGGCACCACGCCUCGGUCCCCGCCCCGCCCGGCGGCCAGCCCGAAGGCUUCACCAGCCUGCCAACAGGAGGCCUCGCCCGCUCCACACACUCCAGCAGCUCGGACAUCAAGAGGGAGGACAAGGAGGACGAUGAGAACUCCAACGCUGACAAGUCUGACGAUGAGAAGAAGGACUCCAAAGCGUCUCGCAACCGAUCAAGCAGUCAAGAUGAAGACGACGAGGACGACGAGGACCUUCCGCCGGAGGUGAAGAUGGAGCGGGAGAAGGAGCGGCGGGUGGCCAACAACGCCCGCGAGCGGCUGCGGGUUCGAGACAUCAACGAGGCCUUCAAGGAGCUGGGCCGCAUGUGCCAGCUGCACCUGAGCAACGACAAGCCCCAGACCAAGCUGCUGAUCCUGCACCAGGCCGUCAACGUCAUCCUCAACCUGGAGCAGCAAGUGCGGGAGCGUAACCUGAACCCCAAGGCCGCCUGUUUGAAGCGCCGGGAGGAGGAGAAGGUGUCCGGGGUGGUGGGGGACCCCCAGAUGCAGCUAUCGGGGGGGCACCCGGGCCACGGAGGGGACGGCCAUAACCCUGUCAGCCAUAUGUAACACCUGGAUCCUGUGGAAUUUCCUGGGCUCUUGGAAGAUGUGGCCUUAUAUUUUUCUCCCAUCAUUCUUCUGUGUGUGUGUGUGUGUGUGUGUGUGUGUGCGCGCGUCUGUGUGUGCGUGUGUGUGUGUGUGGGUAUGUGUGUGUACACACACACACUGUCGUGUGUAUGAGCGAGUGAAUAAGCAUGCGCGUUCACACGGCGCACACACACACACGCACGCACGCAGACCUGCCAAAACUGACACAGCCGAUUGGCCGCACUCGUGACCAUGACGACCAGCGUAAAUGUGAAGACUUUCUGGUUUUUUUAUAUACACACACACGUACGCGGUUCUGUAACCUUACAGAGCCUGACAGAGGCCUGCAGUGAACGGGCUUUUUUUUUUUACACUGCCAAGAGAGUUUCUUGGAGGAAGAGAACCUGACAAACGACAAAAUUCAAGGAUUUGAAAAGGAUUUGUGCCUAAUUGUUACAUGUUUUAUAUGAGACAUUUAAACAAAUUGCUUACAUGUUUGGAACAAAAUGUGUUUGGGAAUGCUCAUAUGAACUUUUUUAUUUUAUUUUAUUGUUUCGGUAGUGUCAUUCCCUGGUGAUAAUGGUACAGUCUUACACGCAGCACAGGAACGUUAUCAAUGGUCAGGCAAGGUUCUGAACAGGAUUCACCCAUCCCAGUGUUUUUUUGGGGGUGGGGGGGGACUUCUCUCCCCCAUCUUCUCCUGCGUGGGCCUGGUCUCUUCAUCGUAAACUAAGGGGACACCUAUCUGCCUGGACUUCUUACUUUCAGCACUGCUGAAGCAGAUUAGACGUUUUUUUUCUUUUUUUGUGAAAAGUUGUUCUUCCACUCCACAGACGGGAUGAUGUGGAGAGACUACAGUAUUGUGCCCCCCCCCCCGCACCCCUCCCCACACACACACAGAAUCAGGAAGGCGGGCCCCGCUGCUGGAGACUGCGGGACGCAGCGGAGAGGGGGGAGCGCUGUUUUAAAGUGCUCGCGCUGGGUCCGCCAGCACCGCCCCUGUCGCCGCCCGAGGAGGACGGAACACUUUGGGGCUGGAGGUGGCGGAGGCGGGGUUUCCAUGGAUACCGGCCGGCCUGUAAUCAGAGCGCCCCCUCCCCUCGGGAAGAGGGAGGGGGGCAGGGGGUCUCGAUCCAGGGGUCCCGCGGGGGGGGGGGCGCCUUCUCCGUGCCGAAUCCUCGUGCCAGCGCUCCCGGCCCCCCCGUGCUUUCCGAGGACACCGAACCCAAAUGACUAAAUUUGGAGGAGAGAGGGGUUUUUUUUCCUUCUUUUUUUCUCGCAGUUUCAAGGUUCCUCAGAGAAGAUUCGCUGAACUGUGCAUCACAAAAAAAACGGCCAACUGGGAAUCCCCUCUGCCUUGGCCCCCCCACCACCACCCCACCCAUCCACAGAAAAUGCAGAUCUUUAUUUUAUUUUUUCCAGAACCUUCCACGGAAUCGCACGUCUGAAUUUCGGGACUCUCGCGGCCCCUCUCCCGCCGCGAGGCAGCGUGUGGAACAGUGCUUCCCGCCGUCGUCCUGGCGCGCGCCACGCUGGGCCUUCCCUCCGCGUACGGGCACACCCGCCACGCGUUCGCGUGUCCUCACACCCGAGACCAAGCCAGCCAGCAGUCCGGUCCAUGUAUGCGUUUAAAAAAAACACACAAAAAAAAAGUAGGGAUGUUAUUUUAUGUAAGAUGAGCAAAAUUAAAUAUAUAUUUUUAUUAGAAUAUCCAUGUAGAUUUUUAGAUAUAAAAAAAAUAAAAAAAACCUAGUCCUGAGAUUGAGUGUUGUAAUGGGAGGGAAGGAAGCAGAGAAUUGGAUGAAAUGGCUCUUGAUGUGUUUUCAAACUGCCUCUUAAUUGGACAGUCAUUUCUUUUCUUAAGAAAGUGAAGAAGAAAAAAAAACCCCAUUCUGUUAUGGAUAUGAGCUCACAUUUACAAAGUCUCUGUUUGAAACGGCGUGAGAUUUUCGGGAAGGGCAGGUGGGCUGAGUGUUUUAGGAAACCUGCCAGUUGUAAAAAAAAAAAAAAAAAAAAAAAUAUGAUGUAAAGUUUUCAAACGAACUUUGGCGCUCGUUGGUGAAAGAUGAACUGUCUCUUAAGGGCGACCCUGGACAGGCGUGGGCGGUGGUUCGGCGACCCGUCUCUCGCACAGACGUCGGAACAUUGUGCAUCGUGGCGAAGUGGAAAUCUCUCCCGUUUGGGUCCCCAGAUUGUAAUUUCCUUUAAAAGGGAAGGGGGGUGAUGUCAUAAUAAUCCAUAAUGGAAACUGUCUCGUUUUCCCAGGAUCGUGUGUGUGCGUGCGCGCGCGCGUUCGGAACGCCGCACUCGCAUCUGUAAUGGCAAUAUGUCCGCCGCGUGGCUGGAGUGACAGAUGCCGAGUGACGGGCGAGACUGGAAAAAAAUCCUCCCAGUGGUAAUUAUGCAACUGUUUGAAUGUACAGUUCAGAGAGAACGCUCUCAUUUUCAGACUUGUUAACGGGGGGCUCUCAGUGGUCAUUGUAUUGAUUUCAGUUCGGUGUGGCAAGAGCUUAUCUGUCGUCGUCCCCCCCCCCCACCCCAGGCACCCACCCCCCCCCACCCUCGGUGAGGCUAAAGGCGUAUCUCACCGCGGCUACUCUGCGUCCUGAGGCAUUGUGGGUAAAAGGGAGAGGGCUGAACAAAAGGAUGUAUUGAUACAGCAGUGUUCAUUCCUUGUGGCCGUUUCUUGCUCGGUCUGAAUGUCUGGCGUCCGCACAAGAUGGCCGCCGCGGGAAGAAAUGUGUGUCUUCAUUUUAUUGGUGGUGAUAUCGUGGAGAGCUCUCAAAAGUGUGCAAGUUGGUUUAUAUAUAUAUAUAUACAUAUAUAUAUACAUAUAUAUAUUUUUUGUUGGGGAAAAAAAAAAUCAAUCAUGUGGCCUUUUCAUUCUCAAGACUUCAAAUGUCAUGUUGGGAAAGUGAUACCUUACCAGUGCCUGAGCAUUUUUUCAGUUAAACCUUUAUUUCAGGUGUUUUUUUGUUUUUUUUAAAAACAUAAUGUCAUAUGUUGCGGAGAUGUGCGGUACACCCAGUGUGUUUCUCUUUUUUUAUUUAACGUGGCUUAAUAAAAGGAAAAAUAAAUAUAAGAAGGAAUGGGGGGAAUUGGAUUUUUUCCUGUCCAUCUAUUGUAAUGGGACAUACAAAAGUUUUUUUGGGGGGAAAAAAAGAGCAAAAUGUUACUUGUUUUGUAGAUCUUUAUUUUUGUUUUGUUCUUUUUUUAAUUGAACUGGAUUCGACCAUUUCUCCUGCCUACUUGCUUGGGUAGCGAUUGGAGUAUGUUUGUCAAGUCCUUGUUUUAUGUCUUUAUUUUUAAUUUUAAUUUUAUUUUGUUUUAUUUUUUUUUCCCCCUGCGUGUUCGAUAGCCGCUCGACUGGUGUCGACAGCUGGUCAGUGCCGCUUACAACACGACUGGGUUCGGAGAGACGCCCGCUUCUGUCAGCGGUUCUGUGUUCCGACGGCCAGCGUUGCAGUCUGGGAAACGGAGUCCGGUGUCCACGGCUCGGAUAAACACAUAUUUUAAACCUCUUAAGUGUUCCUCCUUCAGGAUUUAGCUUCACUGUAAUGGUAGAUGCCCGCCCCCCCCCCCAUCCCAAUCUCCUGGUUCAGCCCACAUUCAGAUUUAUUUUAGUCUCUUAACAUGCUCUACAAUAUUUCGUUUUUCCUUGUCAUCCUAACCCCCCACCCCACCUUAAAAAAAAAAAAAAAAAA